CCGCGACCGUGUCUGCCUUCAAAAGCUCCAGAGACCCGAGUAGCUUCAGCUCCCAACCGUCACCUACCCCGGAAACGCACCUCAGAGAAAUGGCCACCGAAGAAGCCCCCGAGAGUACUCUUCCGUACCCUCCCAUUCACCAAGACAAGAAAUUCGUCGUCCUCUCCGACUGGGAUGGGACGAUCACGACGCGCGAUUCCAAUGAUUAUAUGACGGAUGAGCUUGGAUUUGGCAGGGAGAAGCGCAGAGAGCUCAACGUGGCCACGUUGUCGGGCGAGCGGACCUUCCGGGACACCUUCCGAGAGAUGCUCGAGAGUGUAGUGGCCAAGGGUCAUUCGUUCGAGUACUGCAAGGAGGAGCUCAAGAAGAACAUCAUCCUUGAUUCGGGCUUUCGAGAGUUCUACCGCUACUGCGAGUCAACGGACAUACCGGUGGUCAUCAUCUCUAGCGGAAUGGCCCCCCUCAUCCGCGCCGUGCUGUCAAACCUGAUCGGCGAGGAAGAUUCCAGCAAGAUCGAGAUUGUCUCUAACGAAGUGAUCAUCCACCCCGAUGGCAAGUGGGAGAUUCAGUACCGGCAUCCGUCCAGCGGGUACGGUCACGACAAGAGCCAGGCUAUCCUGCCGUACCGUCGCCUCCCCAACCCGCCGACGAUUUUCUUCUUCGGUGACGGUGUCUCAGACAUGUCUGCCGCUAGGCACGCGGACGUUCUGUUCGUCAAACAGAAGCCGGACGGCGAGAACGACCUACACCUGUACUGUGUGCAAGAGGGCAUCCCGCACAUCCUGUUCUCGAACUUCGGCCGUGCUCUCAACAUCGUUAAGCAGGUGGUAGAGGGCAAACUGACUGUGAAGGAGGCUCUCGCGAUUGGGCAGGCAUGAGCACGAUUUGAAGCACGAAACAGAAGUUGAGUAGAAGUACCGUGGAGCUGUAGAGAUCAGGUCAUAUACCAGACUAGAACACGAUUAUGUGAUGCGUCGUGCGCGCGAUCCACGAAUGUGCGAUUAGGC